CUGCAGCCCGCCAUUGUGUGUCUGAUCUGCAGCUGGAGAGAGAGAAAAAGACACGGACGCAAACACUCUGAAAACAAUCGUUUCUCGUUCACUUUAUCCCCCAAACAUACGCGCAGAUUAACACACAGGCUCCGAGGAGAGAGAAAUGUCAGUCAGCAGCCUUCUGGAGCAGAGACCGAAAGGCCAAGCAAAUAAGGUGCAAAACGGAGCUGUUACUCAAAAGGAUACUUUGAACGAUGAUGAGUUCGAGCCUUACCUGAAUGCUCAACCCAGACAGAGCAAUGCCUAUACGGCCAUGUCCGACUCCUACAUGCCCAGUUACUACAGUCCCUCUAUAGGCUUUACCUAUUCUCUUAACGAAGCGGCAUGGUCUACAGGUGGUGACCCUCCGAUGCCUUACCUGGCCUCCUAUGGACAACUUAGCAAUGGCGAGCACCACUUUCUCCCAGACGCCAUGUUUGGCCAGUCGGGGACACUUGGGAGCAACCCUUUCCUGGGACAGCAUGGCUUCAACUUUUUCCCUAGUGGGAUUGACUUCUCUGCCUGGGGAAACAGCAGCUCUCAGGGACAGUCCACACAGAGCUCCGGUUACAGCAGCAGUUAUGCCUAUGCUCCUAGCACGCUAGGAGGUGCCAUGAUUGAUGGACAGUCACCCUUUGCAGCCAAUGAGCCACUCAACAAGGCUGUGGGAAUGAAUAGUUUAGAUCAGGGCAUGGCGGGGCUUAAGAUUGGGGCUGGGGACAUGACACCCAAAGUUGUUGGUUCUGGACUCCCUGGAGGACCUCUGAGUCAGGUGUCUGCAGCUCCCACCAUGCCUCCAUCCUCCAUGGCUCCGGCAAAAGCUGCAUCUUGGGCGGACAUUGCCAGCAAGCCGGCCAAACCUCAGCCUAAGCUGAAAACCAAGGGAGGGCUUGGCGGGACAAAUCUGCCACCACCUCCAAUCAAACAUAAUAUGGAUAUUGGGACUUGGGACAACAAGGGUACAGUGCCGAAACCAGCAGCACCUCAGCAGGCUUCCGUGCCCACUAAUGGACAGCCAGCCAGUCAGUCAUCUCCACAACCUGGGGCUACUGCUGGAGGGGUGCCACAACUGCCCCUCACCAAUGGACAGCUGGUUCCUCCUCCUGGUCAACUUGGGCAGCACCCCCUUCCACCUAAUGGGCAGCCGGGAGCUGUCCCGCCACCUCUGUCCCAGGGCCCUCCUGCUCCCCAAAACUCCCAACCAACCCGUUGGGUCCCCCCACGUAACCGUGCCAACGGCUUUGGGGAUGCAGCGGGUGGGCCUGGCCAAUCCCCUCCCAGUUCAGGAAUGGGUGGAGUUGCUGUGCCAGCAGAGCCCCACCCAGUUCUGGAGAAACUUCGAAUGGUGAACAACUACAAUCCCAAGGACUUUGACUGGAACCCCAAGCAUGGUCGUGUCUUCAUAAUCAAGAGCUACUCGGAGGACGACAUCCAUCGCUCCAUUAAGUACAAUAUCUGGUGCAGCACGGAACAUGGCAAUAAGCGUCUGGACGCUGCGUACCGUUCACUGGCCAACAAAGGGCCCCUUUACCUGCUCUUCAGCGUGAACGGUAGUGGGCACUUCUGUGGUGUGGCCGAGAUGCGCUCGCCUGUGGACUACAACACCUGUGCAGGCGUGUGGUCACAGGACAAGUGGAAGGGACGUUUUGAUGUGCGCUGGAUCUUUGUGAAGGACGUUCCAAACAGCCAACUGAGGCACAUUCGUCUGGAAAACAAUGAGAAUAAGCCAGUCACCAACUCCCGUGACACGCAGGAGGUUCCAUUGGAUAAGGCGCGGCAGGUGUUGAAGAUCAUCGCAAGUUACAAGCACACCACCUCCAUUUUUGACGACUUCUCACACUAUGAGAAACGUCAGGAAGAGGAGGAGAGUGUGAAAAAGGUGGAGGUUCAGGGGAGUGACCCAUACGCCAAUAACUCCAGUCGGAGCCACUACAGAAUGCAGGAUCGCCAAGGACGUGUGAAGUAACAAGCACUGCUUUGGGCAAAAGACUGACAGGCCCUGUGCUCUCUCUCCCCAAUCUUACAACCAGAUAUUUUCAGAAAUUAUUUUGGGGAACGAAUUAACCAAGGAUUCAAAACGAGGAAAAAAAAACUAAAUGAAGACUUUUUGAUUUCUUUUGACCUAAAAGACUUACUUCGAACUUGUAGUAAAAGAAAAUGACACGAUUAUUCAUAGGACUACAACUUAAUUAUUCUAUAGGAUUCUAAUAGUGAACCCAGUACUUGCCUUUUUUUCUUUUUGGUUCUGUUUUUUUCCGCUGCCUCUUUCUUUCUUCUGAUAAUUUUUUUAUUUUUUUUAAACAUCUGGUUUUACAGUCCAAGCACAAGGCUUUGCUUCUCAUCACAAUCUUGAGGGUUUUUUAACAUUGAGCUCUAGUGCCUGGAUCCUGUAGAUUUGGGUUUUUUUCCCCCAUUUUUCCUGUAAACCCCUCCCUCACUUCAUUGGAGCUGAAACCAUCCAGUCACAAUGCACAAUUGACAUCGCCAUCACAGUAGAUGUUCUAUUGUUGGUAAUUGGUCAAUUACAUAAAAGUAUCAUUACUUUGGGGAAAAAAAAAUGUCCACUGCCCUUAACCAAGAUUAUAUAUAUAUAUAUUAAAAAAAAAAAGUAAAUCAAAUGAAUGUUCAGGAUUGUCCUGAGUUUUUCUGUUCCUGUUUUGUUUUUGUGUUGGUAAUAAAGUAUUUGGCAGGGGAAGGUAAAUGGAGAAGCAGAUUUGAGUUAAAGCUUUGGUGAUUGGAUCAGUUUUAUAGUGUACAAAAGGGGCCGUGUUUGAGAGUUGUCAGCUUAUUUUCCAUUUAAUCCUUUUUCUUCUGCAAGUUAAAAAUGUUGCAAUGGGCUGCUCUCCUCCCAUUAUCUUUUGUUUUCUGUCUCGUCUUUCUUUCUCUUCCGUUUCUCAAGUCUGCAUUGAGAUGGGCCUUGCACCCUCUUUCGCAUAAUCAGUUCAUUAAAAAUAAAUGUGGUAUACUCAGCAGAACUUGUGUGUUGCAUUUCCCCUUGUUUGACUAAAUACUAUGUGCACUAACCCAUGUCCCAAUCUGCCUGGUUCCCCAUUCACCUAGCACCCGCACUCCUGACUCAUGUCCUACAUUAGCUGGCUGCACACCUUCAACCCUCCUAUGUUCAUGUUGGUGAAUUAAACGACUCCUGCAAAAACUGCUGGCAUUUAGCAGUGUCAGAAUAAAGAUGCUGCACAAAUCUUUAAGUGUGUUUGCUUUCUGAAGGAGUGUAUUUAAAAUAUGACAAAAAUGUGGAGGAAUACCUGGUGUACUAAAAGCUGUUGAAGUGGAAGAGUUGGAGUGGUUGAAUAUUUUGCAUUGAUUGUGUUUUUAUUGGCACUUCGAGAAUUUGUUUGGACUAAGUGUAUGCUUGGCAGUCUGUGUGAUUUUUAACCAACACCAUUAGGGGCUGGCUUGUUAGGAAGUGUCUGUCAAAUUAAUUUAAGGUAAUGUCACCUUUAAUAGUGAAACUGAUGUGUGGGUUUUGCUUUAAAGGAACUUAAAAUGUAAUGCAUGAAAUGUCAGGAGAUUGUAUUGACAACUUGUAUUGAACCCAGAAUAUUCUCUCUACAAGUUUUAUUAAGCUCAAUCACCAUAAUUUGUGGCAUUAUAUUGGUUACCACAAAUUAUUUUAACUUCCUCUUUUCCUUUUGAGGAUUUUUUCUUAUUUAAAAAAAAAAAAAAAAAGUAUUGAUGCUGACUACCACCCCUGGAGUCGUGAGUUCGAAUCCAGGGCACGUUGAGUGACUCCAGCCAGGUCUCCUAAGCAACCAAAUUGGCCCGGUUGCUAAGGAGGGUAGAGUCACAUGGGGUAACCUUGUGAUAGCGAUUAGGGGUUCUCUCUCUCAGUGGGGCAUGUGGUAAUUUGUGUGUGGAUUGUGGAGAGUAGCUUGAGUCUCAGCAGUGUCAUGCACAGCGAGCCACAUGAUAAGAUGCGUGGAUUGACGGUCUUAGAAGCGGAGGACACUGAGACUUGUCCUCUGCCACCCGGAUUGAGGUGCGUAACCACACCAUCACAAGGACCUAAUAAGCAGUGAGAAUUGGGCAUUUCAAAUUGGGAGAAAUGGGGAUAAAAUAUAAAAAUCUGGGAGACAUUAAGGCACGUACAAUGGAUGUGUAUGGGGUCGAUGCGUAAAUGUCAAAAUAUUAACUGUUUCAGGAGUAUAGCCACAAGACGUAAACAAUAUGAGUGGUUACCUUGAUUUUAGUGUGAUAAAAUCACUUACUAACCUUUUCUGUGUAGUUAUAUUUGAUUUUACAACUUUGUUACCAUGACGAUGUAAUGCCGUAAACCACUUUACAGGUCAAUAAUACACAAGUUUUAGCAAGAAUUCAUGUCAGUGUUUUUAUAAAAUGUUAAGCUACACAUGCCUUAAAUCCCUUCAAAAUUGGCCUCAUUCACAUCCAUUGUAAGCGCCUCACUGUAACCCCGAUUUUUGCUUUGUUUUAAAGAGAAAGAGGGACGAGGCGAAAUAAUUUUUGUGGUAAUCAACAUUGUCACUAUGAUGUCGAUUAAGCUUAACUUGAAUAUUCCUUUAAUGGUUUUAUAGCCAGGUCUCAACUAUAAAAGGGAUGAAUUAACUGUAGUUUUACGCUAAUCCAGAUGCUCUGGACAUGAAAUGUUAUUAUGUGGCUGAAAACGGGUUAUCUGCUUCUGUCAGGAGGAUUCGCCAUUGGUUGCCAAGGUCUUCUCAAAGUAUUUCCUUUAAAAACGUGUAACGAUGAUCUAAAAAUACGUUUGCCAUUUUCAUUGUAUUAAUAACUGAAUAUAUGUUGGUAUGUUUGAAACGCAAUAUUUAUUUACUGCUGCCGUUUUAAAUCCCCUGACAGGGAUAAUUUCGUAAACGGCCUCUCGGUUGCGCUGUUUUACACAUGUGCACACAUUUUCAUGAAUGUGACUACAAAGCGUAUUAGAAAGUAUAAUUCAUUAUAAUUGGUUAUAAUUACACUACGACUAAAUGGUGUGUCUGUAUAACGAAGACAUAGCGGGCCUUCGUUACUGUUCGACAUUCGGAACAGUUUAAUUAUGAAAUGGCGGCAUGAGGUGUAAGUGACCAUGUUUGUCCAUAAGGGGUCAGUAGAUCUUAAUUUUUCAUGCCUCUUCAAAGUGCGUACACUGUUGUGAACGACCCACUUAGAAUUAACUGCUCGCUCUUGUGACCAAAUAUGAUUGUUUUAAUUUGAUGUGCUAAUUCAUAUGAAUUUUGAAAGUUUAUACUGAUGUAUCUGAACAAAAAAUCGAACCAAACAAGCCUUUUCCUUGUGGAUUGUUAAAGAAAGAAGCAGAUUGUUUUUGUCUGUUUACAAAUCUUUAUUUUUUAUUAGUCUUUACCUCACAAUCAUCAAACAAGAAAAAAAAAGUUACUCAUAAAACAAAAUAGGGAAGACUGGGGCUAGUUGUCACACUUUUGACUCCACUGAAUAGGACUUUUUCUCUUGGUAGGCUUUAUGUUUAAAAGGCACAUACAUAAAGACUUGGCUAACUUAGUUAUUGAACACAUCCAUUGUUAUUGCCCACAAAAAAACUUAUUUUAACACGUUGGCCCUUUGUAACAACAUGCCCCAAUAGCACUGCAUGUUGUUACAGUGGAACUUAACAUUCAACAGCCUAUCAUAGGUUUUCCAGCAAAUUAAAACAAUCAUGAAACAGCUAAAUGUAAAUGGUAACAUAUACAAAUAUUGUUCUGGUCACCAAAUAUUUGUCGUUGAUUAAUUGUAUUAUUGGCAACAUAUAAUAAAUAAUUGUAUCACUGGCUAUGUAAUGGUUUUUCAGAGAAAUAUCAACUGUAAACAAUUAAGAAGCACAAAACAACACAUUGGGUAGUACAACAAUAUCAAAAUUUUAUAUUGUCCAAAUGCUAACACAUUAAAUGAAAAAUACCCUUUGUCCUAAGAAUGUUUUAUUUUUUUUUUAAACAACCUUCACCCAAGAAUUCACCCAAACUAUACUAAUCUAAUAUAAGAGUGUCUGAAAUCACAUGCAAACCAUUGCUGGAGUGGACAUUUGGCUCAAAACCUUAUACUUGGUAAUAGCCCUUGUGACAUUGCACAUGUGACUGUCUCCCCUAUAAAUUUACAGGGUUUUAUAUGUAAAAAGCUUUCUCUCUGUAUUAUGAGAUAAAACUAUCAGAUAUGGGAACUUUAGUUCAUACUGAGUAUGAACAAUAUGGCAUUCUUUAAAACUUGAUUAGCUUUGGAAAGCCUUCAUUGGAAAUGUUACACUGGCAACGGUUUUGCACUUGGUGUGUCAGUGAGGUCACACCCAUCAAUCAAUUAAACUGAAUCAAUUUAAUUGAUGACUGUUCAAGGGUAGGAUGUGUGUGUGUUUAGGAUUUGAAAAAUUGUAUACGUCUCUGAAUCAGUUCUCCUCUGGUUGUCAGACAUGUGUUGGCUAUUGUGUUGUUUGUGUGUGUGUGUGUGUGUGUGUGUACCGGAGUCAACUGUGUAAGCAAAGUGUGGGUGGGUGGGUGGAUGAUAUAAAGGGUUUUUGCGUAUGG